GAUCGGACCCUACAUGCGGGAGAGGGUUGAGCGGAAUGAGGCAUCCAAUUUUUUGACUUGCAACGACUGUGCUGGAAUCUGGGGACGGUGCUCAAUAUGUGGGCGACCCGGUUUACUGCAGCUUACGGCUGUGUGGGGAGAAGGACUGCAAUAAUCUUCCGGGACCUGACAGAUGGCAGCGUCACCAGGGGCGUACGAAUUGGCUGCAGGAGCUUGUCUUCAGCUCCCAGUUCAGCAGCCACCACCGAAUCAUCUGCGGAUAAGAAGUCGGUCCAGAUCAACGGCAAAAACUAUCAGACAGAUUCAUGGUUCAACACGCCCUCGCAUAUACUCGCCAAUGUCCCGCGCCGUCUCCAUCUCCAAAAAGACCACCCCGUGUACAUCACCCGCCAGAUCAUCGAAUCGGUCUUCCCAGCUCCCACCUACAAAUACCACAACACUUUCGAUCCUGUCGUUACGGCAUACCAAAACUUCGACUCACUCGGCUUUCCAGAGGACCACCCCGGACGCGCAAAGUCGGACACCUAUUAUAUUAAUGAAGGGACGCUGUUGCGCACGCACACAUCCGCGCAUCAGGCGGAAACCUUCCGCGCCAACCUGUCCCCCGGCUACCUUAUCAGCGCCGAUGUCUACCGUCGUGAUGAGGUCGAUCGUAGCCAUUAUCCUAUAUUUCAUCAAAUGGAAGGAGCACGCAGCUGGGAUCGCGCUAGUGUGCCCAAUGAAGACAUUGCCGUUGCCGUCUGGUCGGACGUAGAACAAUUGCCGACCCACGAUAUGAAGGUUGAUGACCCCAAUCCGCCUUUCCAUGCUGACCGAAACCCCCUGCAGACGGAUCAUCAUUCGGCUGCUGAGGCAGAGGCCAUUGGCGCACAUUUAAAGCGAAGCUUAGAACUCAUGGUGGUCGAGAUCUUCACCCGCGCAAAGGCUGCUGCCAAGAGAGCCGAUCCUGACUUCGUGGACGACCCGCUACAGGUACGAUGGGUGGAGGCUUACUUUCCCUUUACAAGUCCGUCCUGGGAGCUCGAGGUCUACUACGGUGGGAAUUGGCUAGAGGUGCUGGGCUGUGGAGUGGUCAAGCAGGAUCUCUACAUCAACGCCGGUGUUCCAAACCAGCUUGGUUGGGCUUUUGGCAUAGGACUGGAGCGUAUUGCCAUGCUGCUCUUCCAGAUUACGGAUAUUCGCCUCUUCUGGUCCCAGGACAAGCGCUUCCUGCGUCAGUUCCACGGAGUCUCUGACAACUUGGACUCACUGAAGCGGUUCGUCCCGUUUUCCAAGUACCCGGGAUGCGCCAAAGAUGUCUCUUUCUGGCUCAAGUGCACCUCGGCCGCUGGAGGUAAUGUGAAACCCAAUGCGCAUAACUUCCACGAGAACGACUUCAUGGAAAUUGUACGUAACCUGGCCGGGGACGUGGUUGAGGACGUGAAGCUUGUGGAUGACUUCACACAUCCCAAGACGGGCCGCAAGAGUUUGUGCUACCGCGUCAACUACCGCAGCCUGGAACGGACAUUGACAAAUUUCGAAGUGAAUGAUCUCCACGAGAAGGUGAGGAACACCAUGGUGGAGCAGCUUGGCGUCGAGCUCCGCUGAUGAGGUCGUGGCUUUGCAUUCGAGCACAUGACAUGAUUACUUGUUGACCGCAGUGGUGCGGGAGAAUGGAAGCCACAUCAAACUAAAUGAAAAAGAGAUUUUAGACUGCACGAUACUUGCUUAGGUUU